UGUAAUUUUUCAGUUGUUUGAGCUCAACGGUCAUCUUUCCAAACACCGGUACCCUCACCGUUGAAACCGGCGAUUUUUUCUCUCCUUUGACCCCCCUCUCUCGUUCUCUCUCUACCAUCGAUUUUCACUUCCUGAUGUCGGUUUCCAAACAUCUGCAAAUUCCACAUGUUCACUUCCCUCCAUUUCUAGGGUUUCUCCGCACAUUUUCCAAUGCAGAUUUAAUUUUGUUUAUUCCAUUCAGGAAUUUGUACAAAUGGGGAAUAAGGUGAAGGAGGAAGAGAAAAUUGAGAGGACAAUUCGGGGCCUUUUGAAGCUUGCUGAGAACCGGAGAUGUAUCAAUUGCAACAGUUUGGGGCCACAAUACGUUUGCACGACUUUCUUGACAUUUGUUUGCACAAACUGCAGUGGAAUUCAUCGAGAGUUCACACAUCGGAUAAAAUCUGUAUCGAUGGCUAAAUUUACUACAGAAGAAGUCACUGCUCUUCAAGCAGGGGGAAAUGAGCGAGCAAGGGAAAUUUAUCUCAAAGAUUGGGAUCCACAACGACAUUCCCUCCCUGACAGCAGUAACCUUCACAAACUCCGGGAAUUUAUUAAGCAUGUCUAUGUGGAUAGAAAAUAUACUGGCGAGAGGAAUGUCGACAAGCUCCCAAUGGUGAAAGUGGGUAACAGUGGAUCUAGGAACUCAAGUCUUGAGGUUGCAUGUGAAUGGCGUAACAGUGAAAGAUCUAGUCCUAGCGGAAGAAGUGGUGACAAUAGUAUCAGAUAUUACUACGAUGAAAGAAGAAGCCCUCGAUUUUCCCACGAACAUUCAAGAUCUGGUGGUUUCAGGAGAAAUCCUGUCCGUUUUGAGGUAGUUGAUGACAGGGUUCGAGAUGAUAGACUUGGAGGUGGCAGACGAACUGAAAGCAACAGAUUUUCUAAUGGAGAAUCAAGGCAAAUUAGUAGAUUGCCUGACUCUCAAAGGAAGGUGGAUGUAUCCAGUUCCCCAGAGGUACGCCCGGUAAGCAAUAUUCUGGGGGAAAAUGUUUCUCCUCUACAUGCGGGUGAACUUCCUAAUACAAAUGACAAGAAGGAUGCCAAUGCCUCAGCUCAUCCAAAGAAGAUUGCAUCUUCCAGUAGCAUAGGAUCUAUUGAUCGGAACCCUACAGAACCUAAAAUGGCAAACUCAGGAAGCUUGAUUGAUUUGAGUUCCAAUCCUGGUCCUGCUGAUGCUGCAGCUGUCUCACAAACACAGCCAGCACCUUCAUCUACCGAUAUUGGAAACUUGGCCUCUGGGGAAGUAUCAUCAAAAAAUAAAGCCUCUGAUUCUCCAAGUACAAAUUUUUUGGAAUCUUUGCUGUCAGAAUUAUCAGUGCCGGCAGUUGUACCUGGUGGUAACAUCUCUGAAGGACUGAGUAGUGGUAACAUGCUAACAACCCACAUUGUUGGUGUUUCUUCAACUUCACCUCCAGUGAACAUGCUGGAAUUACCUAAUAACAGCGGUGCUUCUAUAUCCACAUCAAUGAUCAACAAAUCAAUGCUAAUCCCUAGUGAAGGUGCUCCAGCAGCUUCACAAGUGGGGAAGAUGCCAAUGUUGGCUGGUGACAGUGGUGAUUUCAUUGAUGAAGUUCCUGAACAGCUGCAGUUGCGAGACAUGCAGAAAUGCUCACCUUCUGCAUCCCCUUCUGCGGCUAGUAGCUCAACCAGUCAACAGACUUCUCAAUUGGGUGGAAUUCUAUGCAGUCAGCCACAAACUUCAUCAUUUCUGUCAAACACAAGAGGACCUUUUAGCACUUCUGAAAAAUCCUCUCAAUCUGUCUCAGAACUGGGACAAGGUAUAAGUUCUCCAGUUGGAUCACAGCCUCCUCUGAUGGAAGCAAAGCCCAGUGGAAGAAAGGAACUUCCAGCGGACCUUUUCACUGCAACCUAUUCACCAACCCCAUCACCAUUCCCAGGUUGGCAAACUGGUUCACCUUAUGGCAUGGGAUUUAGGAUGCAGUAUCAUCCUGCUACAAUGACUACACCAGCCUUUCCCAGCUCUGUAAAAUCAACAAACCCAUUCGAUUUCAAUGAUGAAACAACUCAAGUUCAAGCCCCAGUGUUCCCUUCCAUGGCAUCCUUGCAAGGAGCAUUACCGAGUGUGUCAGCUCCUGUGGGCAUAUCACAUGCUUCCAGUCUUGGUGUUCUUCCGCAGAUGAUGCAGCCUCAGUCACAAUCACCUUAUGCAUUGGCCCUGUCUACAAGUCCUUAUGCAAGACCGCAAGUACCCCAUACAAUGUUGCCCUCCAGACAUCAAGGAAUUGGUAGCAUCACCAGUAAUGCUGCUGUUUUUGGUUCUGCAAAUACAAAUCAGCUGCCAGCAGGCAGAUACUCGAAUGAGGUGGUUUGUCUUCUGCACCAUGGAAAGAAGAUUGGAUGUAGAACCAGAAGGAGCAUCUACACAUUCAUCAGGUAUCAAGGUAUUUUUUUUGAGGUCAUGACAUUUUCUGUAAAAUCUAAUACACUGGUUACCAUCAUUCUCCUUUCUUGCUGGUUUAGGAUUUUUAGUGCUUGGUACGAACUUGUUGUCUUAGUCCUCUUCAAGAAUGAUUUGUAACUGUGCAUUUGGCUGCUGUUACUAUUUUUAUUUCUUCAACCGUGGCUAGAGUGCUUUGUGUCCAUAAUAAUUUGAAAUGCCUAGCAAAAGAAUUAAAUUAUUUUGCCUUCUA